UCUCUCUCUCUCUCUCUCUCUCUCUCUCUCUCUCUCUCUCUCUCUCUCGGUGUCUCUGUGCUUCCCCGCUUUGCAGGACUUUUGGUUUUGGGGGAAUCCGUUUGGGGUGUUUUUGGUGGGGACACAGACACCCAUAGGUUCUUGACGCAGACUUUUUUUGUAUCCCUGGACGCCCGUCGACAGACGCUCUCCAAUGUGCGCCAAACUCCUCGUUUUGUUUGUCGUCUACGGACUCGCAGCCUCAGGCAUGCUGGCAGUGCAGGGCAUGAAGGUGUACACGUCCUCCGAUGUGGAGGCAGUCAACGGCACCGACGUGCGGCUCAAGUGCACCUUCCAGAGCUCCGCCUCCAUCAACCUCAACAGCAUCACCGUCUCCUGGAGCUUCAGGCCCCUGGGGCCCGGCCGCGAGGAGUCGGUCUUCUACUACCACAUGAAGGCGUACCCGCCGCUGGAGGGCCGCUUCAGGAAGCGGGCCGUGUGGGCCGGGGACAUCAUGAGCCGCGACGCCUCCAUCAUCGUGCGGGAGGUGAAGUUCACCUACAACGGCACCUUCAGCUGCCAGAUCAAGAACCCGCCCGACGUCCACGGCAACGCCGGGGAGAUCCGCUUCCGCGUCGUCCACACAGCCUCCUUCUCUGAGCUGUUGCUCCUGGCGCUGGCCAUCGGGGGCGCCAUCGGCCUGGUGGUCAUCUUCCUGGUGGUCUUCGUGUCCUGCAGAAGGUGCGUCAAGAACAGGGCGCGGCAAAGGCACGCCGAGGUGGACCAGGAGUCCCCCCGCAAAGAGAGGAAAGAUCCCACGGCCUGCCACCCAUCGAGGGCGGUCCACCUGUAUGUGUCUCAGUCGUCUUUCGAGAUGGACAGUUCGGACGGCAUGAUCUCCACAGCCAGCUCCAACGAGCCCAGUUCCUCCUCAGAGGAAGAGAGGAGCACUGACGAGGAGGUGGGCGGGGACUCUGACUGAGGGAGUGGGCGGAGUCAGACACAAAGACACACAGACAGAAAGACAGGAGGGAGAGGACGGAAUGGGGAAGGCCCAGAUGUGUCCGGUGAGACAUAGGACGGGCCUGAGCGCUCUGGGGCCGGCCCGGGCCAGCGGUAUGGCCGGGCAUAACAAAUGGACAAAGAGAGGCAGUCAGGCAGGGAAAGGUUCCCAUUUUCAGAAUUUCCUCGUUGUAGAACACUCAGCGUGUAAUAAUUGGACUCCCUAUGCAAAACCCUAUUCGCAUGAGGAGUGGGAUAUGUGUAAAAGGUGGUGGUUGGGUCAGGGGGCUGGUAGUCUCUGAAGGGAAAGGUGGUGUUUUCUAUUUGCUCGGUGGAAAUGUGACCUGGGGGUCAUCAACCCUGAUGAAGGAAGGCGAUUUGAUGACCAGGUAGACCACAAGGUCCCAUAACGAUAAGCCCUUCAUGUGGUGAUCAUUUUUUUUUCCGAAAAUAAGGCUGUGAUAAAAUGUGUUGUUUUUGUUGUUAUUUAUUGUACCGCAGAGAUUAUUAGCCUUCGUAUUAUCUAGCCCUUAAUCUCACAUAGCCAGACCUACACGAGGGCCUGGGGAGACACUCAGAACUGUGAUUGGAUGAUGAGCCCUCUGAAACCCAGAAGCAGCCGUUAUUUCAGUGGUAAGUCAGAUGACGGCCCACUCUGUCCCCGACCUUUCUUAUCCAACCCGUGUGCCAUAAUUUCCCUUUACCGGAUGGAAUUUGUGCUUGGACUUCUGAUGGAUUUAAGAACCCCCAGCCAGCGCGACUGAGGCCGUCGUUAAACAGCUCCUGCUAAUGCCUGCUAGCGUGAAUGUCGUAGCAUAGUGUUGAAGCACUUCAAUAAGUUUUGCUUGUGCAAAAACAAUCGGUCAUUUUAUCUUCAUUCAGUUGCCUGUGAGAAAACUACUGUGGCUAGUUGUAGAGGAGUCAAACUGUGAGUUAGCUUCAUGCACACGACAGGAGAGUUGUGUGCAUGUGCACCAGUGUGUGUGCGUGUGUGUAUGUGUGUGAAAGGCCAGACGUAAGACACGCAGUGGGAUCUGAAAACCUUGGGUAAUUGCAAAAGAUUGUCCUUUAAAUACUUUUUUUAAGCAACCCUAGAACACAUAAAAAAUACUAACACAUUAUGAACUGAAAGCGAGGUGUGCAUCAUUUUCUACUUUUUGUAAAAGUUGUCUUCGUAAAAUGUAUUGCAGAUUUUGUAUUCUAUUUUAGCUUAUGCCAGCAAUAUUUUAAACCUGUUAUUGUUUUCAAAAUACGUGUAACUGUUUGUUCAAUUUAAAAAAAAAAUCUAUAUAUCGAUUAAGAUUUAAUAAAGAUGUUUUCAGAACUAAUAAAACAGUUUUUCUCGAAUACUGA